AUGUCGAGUCUCGCGACAGAACACGACGACUACAAGGGGAACACGAAUAUGAGUAUUCAGUGGGGUCGCUGGAUUUUGAAACCGAUGGGCGUUUGGCCAAAUCCGACCAACAUUUCAACAGCUAGGAAAUAUAUUUAUCGGUUGAUCAACAUCAUUUGCUACGGUUUAAUCAGUUUCCUCUUCAUACCUUGUAGUCUGUACUUGGUUCUCGAGGUGAAAGACAUCUACAACAAGAUCAAACUAUUCGGUCCUUUGAGUUUCUGCGUGAUGGCCUUUCUGAAGUAUUAUCUGUUGGCCCUUCACGAGGAUGACAUUCGCGAGUGUAUCAAAUGCGUCGAGUGGGACUGGAAAAACAUAACAUAUUCUAAAGAUAGAGAAAUCAUGAUAACGAACGCCAUCUUUGGCAGAAAAUUAGUCGCUGUUUGCACAUUUUUCAUGUACAGUGGUUGUACCUUCUACUAUAUAGCUGUACCGAUUAGUGUCGGAAAAAUACGGGCAGACGAUAUCAACGUGACCUUUAUCCCCAUGGUGUUUCCUUUCACGAGUUUAAUUAUCGACACUCGUUACAGUCCCACGAACGAGAUCGUAUUUUUCAUUCAAUUGAUUGCUGGCAUACUGAUGCAUAACGUAACGUCAGCUACUUGCAGCGUAGCCGCUAUAUUUGCAGUACACGUUUGCGGCCAGAUGCAAGUGUUGAUGGGCUGGCUGAAACAUUUGAUAGACGGUCGAUCAGACAUGUAUAAAAACGUGGAUCAACGAAUCGCGAUGAUCGUGUGUCAACACGUCCGAAUAUUAAAAUUCCUGUCGCUUUUAGAGAAAACUCUCCAGAAACUAUCGUAUGUGGAAUUCGUAGGAUGCACAGUGGACAUAUGUCUUCUGGAAUAUUAUAUUAUGAUGGAAUUUAAGCAGAGUCGCCUAACAAACAUCAUAACAUUUUUUGUAAUAUGCAUAUCGCUUACGUUCAAUAUUUUUAUAUUUUGUUACAUAGGACAGCUCAUUGCUGAUCAGUCUAGGAAAAUAGGGGAAAUAGCAUACAUGAUCGAAUGGUACCGAUUAUACGGAAAGAAGAAGCUUUGCUGCAUUCUGAUAAUCGCGAUGUCCAAUUCCUCGACCAAGUUAACUGCGGGAAGUAUAGUGGAAUUGUCUAUCAGUACUUUUUCCAACUACGUUGAAUAUCAGGCGGGCUACCGAGUAUGAAAGAUGCAGAAACAGGUGUCCGUUGUAACUCGGUGUGGGCAUCAGAGAGACGUGAACUUGAGUAUUCAGUGGAAUCGUUGGUUGCUGAAACCGAUCGGUGUCUGGCCGAAUUCGCAUAGCUCGAGAUUGGAAAAAUAUCUCUCCUCUCUGAAGAUUAUUCUUUGUUACGGUUUAAUCUGUUUCCUGUCCAUAUCUUGCAGCAUGUUCCUGGUGUGCGAAAUCGAGGAUACGUAUAGCCAGAUAAAAAUGUUCGGUCCUAUCAGCUUCUUCAUCAUGACGAUCUUGAAAUAUUAUCAGUUGAUGGUUAACGAAGAUAACAUUCGUCAGUGCAUGGAAUAUAUCGAAUGGGACUGGAAGAAUGUAGGACACGACGAGAAUAGGAACGUUAUGAUAGCGUACGCGAAUUAUGGAAGAAAAUUAACAAAGAUUUGUGUCUUCUUCAUGUACAGUUCCUUCGUCUUCUUUUAUAUCAUUGUACCUAUUAGUGUGGGCAAAAUUGUAACAGACAGCGGGAAUUCAACGUAUAUCCAAAUGCCGUUCCCUGCCUCCAAACGCAUCGCUGACGUGCGUUAUAGUCCGGCUAACGAGAUCUUCUACUGUGUCCAAUUUGUGACAGGUAUAUUGAUACAUUGUAUAACAUCAGCGGCUUGCAGUUUAGGCAUAGUAUUUGCGACACACGCGUGCGGACAAAUGCAAGUAUUGAUGGAGUGGCUGGAUUACAUGAUAGACGGCAGACCGGAUAUGAACAAGACAGUAGAUGGUAGGGUCGCAAGCAUCGUGGUUCAACACGAUCGAGUAUUAAAAUUUUUAGCACUUACGGAAAAGGUGUUUCAGCAAAUAGCUUUUGUAGAAUUUUUAGGCAGCACGUUGAAUUUGUGUCUUCUUGAAUAUUAUAUCAUAACGGAAUGGAAUCUGAAAGAAAAAGCGGUUGCCUUUACUUAUGUACUGUUACUCUUGUCGUUUACCUUCAAUAUAUUCAUAUUUUGUUAUAUAGGAGAACUGGUCGUUAAUCAGUGCCAAAAAAUUGGUGAAGCGACGUACAUGACCGAAUGGUACCGGCUAUCAGGCAAGAAGAAACUUUGCUGCAUUUUGAUCAUUGCAAUGUCUAAUUCAUCGAUCAAAUUUACAGCUGGAAAUAUGGUUCAACUAUCCAUUAAUACCUUCAGCGAUGUCGUUAAAACAUCAAUGGCUUUCUUAAACAUGUUGCGAGCAUUGACAUGA